AAGCCUGCACGCAGUGGCGUCCUCUCGCAUGAGUCGCGCGAUCGUCUGUUGUUAGUGCUGUAGGAAUCUAGCAAGAAACGACAAGACGUGUUGCCACCGUUGCAGUUACACCUGACACCAUGAGGGAACAUUCGAUAAAGCGAGGCUCUGACGACCUCUUGUCGCAGACGGGCGCAGUGAGCAAUGGCUCAGUAAUGAGUCCGCAGCCAAAUCAUGCGGACAACAACAAUGACGCCAAGAAGGUGAAACUGGACAAAAACAAUGGCAAACCGUCCAAGGUGAUACACAUCCGCAACAUCCCUAACGACGUGACAGAGGCCGAAAUCAUCCACUUGGGGAUACCAUUCGGUCGAGUCACCAAUGUGCUUGUCCUCAAAGGAAAGAAUCAGGCAUUCCUGGAGAUGGCUGACGAGGUCGCAGCGUCCACCAUGGUGAACUACUUCACAUCAUGUGUGGCACAACUUCGCGGCCGAGCAGUCUAUGUGCAGUUUUCCAACCACAAGGAACUCAAGACCGACCAGACGCAUUCCAACGCGAACGCGUCGGCACAGGCUGCGCUGCAGGCCGCUUCCGCCUUGUCUGGUCAGAACGAGACCCAAGGCGGACCAAACACAGUACUCCGUGUCAUCAUCGAGCACAUGGUCUAUCCAGUUACUCUAGAUGUGCUCUGUCAGAUUUUCACGAGAUUUGGCAAGGUUUUGAAGAUCGUCACUUUCACCAAAAACAAUACGUUCCAAGCUUUGAUUCAGUAUCCAGAUGUAAUCACAGCUCAAGCUGCCAAGCUGUCUUUGGAUGGUCAGAACAUUUACAACUCAUGCUGCACUCUUCGGAUUGAAUACUCGAAGCUAACAAGUUUAAAUGUGAAGUACAACAAUGACAAGAGUCGUGACUACACUAAUCCAAGCUUACCUACUGGAGAUCCUGGCCUUGAUGCAACACUGGCUUUGGGUGGUGAGCUGUUGCCACAGCUACUUCUAGGUGGUGCUGGUGGAGCUCGUCAUCGUGGAAUUGGUCAAGAUUCAGCUACAGCAGCUGCUGCCCGUCUCCCUCCACCAGGUGCUCCAGGUGUCCUGGCUUCACCAUUUGCAGCCAUGCAUGGUCUUGGCUCACCGCUUACCUCGCCGUAUGGCAACUCCGCAGUUGGAGGUCUGGGAGCAGCUGGGAUGCCUCUAGCUGGUUUCCAGAUGGCUGGUGCAGCAGCAACCACUGCUCUUGGUGGCGCUGGAAUUCGCUUGGCUGGCUCACUAAAUACUGGUGGAUGUGUACUGCUUGUCAGCAAUCUGAAUGAAGAGAUGGUCACGCCUGAAGCUCUCUUUACCCUAUUUGGUGUGUAUGGCGAUGUACAGCGUGUGAAGAUCUUGUACAAUAAAAAGGAUAGUGCCCUUAUUCAGAUGGCUGAACCACACCAAGCUCACUUGGCCAUGACACACUUGGAUAAAUUGAGGGUCUUCGGGAAGCAGAUACGUGUAAUGCCUUCUAAGCAUCAGACAGUUCAGCUGCCAAAGGAAGGACAACCAGAUGCUGGCCUUACAAAAGAUUUUACAAAUUCAGUUCUGCAUCGUUUUAAGAAACCUGGCUCCAAGAAUUAUCAGAACAUUUAUCCACCAUCACCAACGCUUCAUCUUUCCAACAUUCCCCCAACUGUUUCUGAAGAAGAAAUUAAAGAAGCUUUUACAAAGAAUGGCUUCACUGUGAAAGCAUUUAAAUUUUUCCCAAAGGAUCGUAAGAUGGCACUUAUACAGCUUCCUUCAGCUGAUGAUGCUGUUGCAGCUCUCAUUAAAAUGCACAAUUACCAGCUGAGUGAGUCCAAUCAUCUCCGAGUCUCGUUCUCAAAGUCCAACAUAUAAAUGCACCAAAAUGUAUUAUCUUCGAAAAUGUGUCUUGCGUGUGAAUUAAGAGGAAAUGCUGAAUUUAGGUGUACGAGCCUGAAUUUAAUGUGUGUGCUUUCAUACUUUGAUGGUACAUUGUAUUUAUCAGGGAAAGACGAUUCGCUAUUUUCAAAACAUUGCAUAGCAAAUGUAAGGAAAUGCAAUGAAGGGACAAUGAGUGUUAAUUGGAAAGUCAGUUUUUAAAACCUUACUGUAGGACAUAUGUUUUACUCAUGUCAAUUGAUCAUUAUUCUGCUACUCAUGAAUUAGAUGCACAGAAUUUAAUUUCUUCCCUUUAUAAAAUUAAAAACCACAAAUUAAUCAUGGAAGGAGUUGAGCACUUGAUAUUAAAGUGACAUAUUUUAAUAGCUGUGGUAUAACUUAAAACAUUUCAUUGAUGGUUGUAUAUCAUUUAUGUCCAACCAUUUCCUAUUUUCUUCCUACCCAUCAUUCUUUUGCACUAAUUCUUGUGUUUCACUGUUGGGUUCACAGCGGUCACUUUUUUGCUGUUUGUGUACAAUUAGAGUGAAACAGGGUUGGCUAGUUGAUAUACUUGUAGCCCAGUUAUUAAUAGUAAUACAACAAGGAUAGUGUUUCCUUAUGUGUAUACAUAUAUGUGUAUUGUCCAUUAUAUUCUUGAUACCCCUUUAUAUUACAAAGGUGACGGUUGUACUGAAAUUUGUUUCUGUUCAGCAUCAGAUGUUAUUGGACAGUGACUCUGACAUCUAUCUUUAUGCAUUUCUUUACUUUUCCAGUGAGGUCUCUGUCAGCAUUGUGUAAUAAGAUAUUACCUGAAACGGUAAGAGCUUUCCAGCAACAAUACUGGUAAUAAAAAGCUUAAUUUUGGUUCAUUUGUUGAUUUUUUUUUUUCACUUUUUAUGCAUCGAAGUAAUUUGCUGGUGUAAAAGUGUUUUUUCUGUGUCCUUCCUUAUUUUCUGUGUAAUCUAUCCUUCCAGUUUUGUUCUAAGUAUCAUAAGAAGUUGUACAACACAAAGAUUGCUAUGUUAGUGUACUGGUUCGGCAUGAUACAUUGUGUCUGGACAAAGUAACAAAUUUCAGUACGUGAUGCUCUAUACUUUCAAGUUUGCUAAGCUGUGCUGUGUAUUGUGUAACACUGUUGGUUUGUGUGGAAGGUACAUAAUAUUGCUCUGAAAAAACAGAGCAUCUCUUGCAAAUCAUCAUUGUCAAUCAGUUUUAUGUAUGAGUGUGUCUGGGAUUUUUGUGUUAUACCUUUAUAUGUUGCUGAAUGUCAGUUUUAUUUGCAACAGUAAACCACAAAAUAUGAAAGAGAAAGAGAGAGGGAAAGAAAGCAAGUGAAACCUACCUGACCUGUCCUGAGUUAUACACAAUAGCAGUUUACAAUAUGUGUAUGGUAUUUUGAUUUAAAGUUUGAAAAUUAUAGAAUGGUUACAAAAUUGUGUUAUGUGAUCAAAUUCAUAACAGUAAGUACAUAUUAUGUUUAAACGACAUAAUGGUGCGCUAAGAAGACAGCAUGUAAAGUCAGUGAAGGGUAUGUAAAUCACCUAGCCUGAUGAAUUGGAGUAAUAAAGCUAAUUUUUUUAAUGGCUGCUUGGAGACUAUUAUGUGCAGUAUUGAAAAUACUUAGUGUGCUUGUUUACGUAUGUAUGUGUAAAUUGAAUGCUAAUGCUGAUGGUAUUUUUUUUCCUUUGUGCCCAAGUCUUAAGUAAAAUUUUGUUAGAUUUAUUAUCUUGGAAGUGUCACAAAUUUCAGUGUCAGUAUUGCUAGUAAAUUUGAGGCAGAUAUCAUAUAUGUUUGAAAACAUUAUUUGUGAGUGUUCAGAGAGCAGUUUUAUAUUUUACAGUAAUUUUAAUGUAUAAAGAAAGAAGUUUUUACAUUUUUUGCACAUACUUUCUUUAACAAAUGUUGCUGCUGUUAAUAUUCUCUCGUGCUCAGUUGUGUUCUUUCACAAGUCUCCCUUAAACUAAUGGAGAUGAAGUAUCAUUCCAAGCAUCUGCAUACGUUUUUCGGAAUACUACAUGACUGUGUUCUGCAAUUGACUUACCUGCAGUUAGAACUGCAAAAUAAUUCAGUUGAGAAAUGCUUCAUAAAAAUUUUUAACUUGCUACAAUGUAUGUGGUAUUGUGAUGGGCCAGUUUGUUUAGAAUAGGAUUUGUUAGAUUUCUUAAUUUGCCAUGAACCGUUUGUAAAUGGCAGUCUGUUGUAAUUAGUUUAAAUGUUAGUAGCAUAGGUUUUUAUAAGUGGUCUGAGUUAUAUAUAUUCAAGAAUCUGAAAGAUGCGUAAAUGUCAUAAGUUGUUCAGGCUUUUUAUCUUCAUCCUCCCCGCGCUCCCCACCCCCAAUAUGUAUAAACUUAGUGAAAAAGGUUUGGGAGUAUUAAGAGUGGAAUGAGAUUUAGUUUUUACAGAGGCUGAAAAAUCGUGCAUUAUAUUGACAUAUAAAGACACUGUGUAGUAAA